CCGCCUCCCUCGCCUCUCCCUCCUGUCCUUCUCCGCCGGCCGACCCCACCUGUCAAAAUGAACAGCUCGGACGAGGAGAAGCAGUUGCAGCUCAUCACCAACCUCAAGGAGCAAGCAAUAGGCGAAUAUGAAGACCUCAGAGCAGAGAACCAGAAAACAAAGGAGAAGUGUGACAAAAUCAGGCAAGAACGAGAUGAAGCUGUUAGAAAACUGGAGGAAUUUGAGAAAAUUUCUCACAUGGUUAUAGAGGAAGUUAAUUUUAUGCAGAACCAUCUUGAAAUAGAGAAGACGUGCCGAGAAAGCGCUGAGGCCUUGGCAACAAAGCUGAAUAAAGAAAACAAGACGUUGAAAAGAAUCAGCAUGUUAUACAUGGCCAAGCUGGGACCAGAUGUAAUAACGGAAGAGAUCAACAUUGAUGAUGAAGAACCAACUACGGAUCCCGAGGCUACUGCUGAGCCGUGUGUCUCAGUGCAGUGCCAGAAGCAAAUCAAAGAACUUCGGGAUCAAAUUGUAUCUGUUCAGGAGGAAAAGAAGAUAUUAGCCGUCGAACUGGAAAAUCUCAAGAGCAAACUUGCGGAAGUAAUCGAAGAAGUAAAUAAAGUGAAGCAAGAAAAAGAUGCUCUGAAUUCCGAAGUCCUUGAGCAGAGGAAAGUCUUAGAAAAAUGCAAUAGAGUGUCCAUGCUAGCAGUAGAAGAGUAUGAGGAGAUGCAGGUGAACUUGGAACUAGAGAAGGACCUUCGGAAGAAAGCAGAGUCGUUUGCACAAGAGAUGUUCAUUGAACAAAACAAGCUAAAGAGACAAAGCCACCUGCUGCUGCAGAGCUCUGCUCCUGACCAACAGCUUUUGAAAGCAUUAGAUGAAAAUGCAAAACUCACCCAGCUCCUUGAGGAAGAGAGGAUUCAGCAUCAACAAAAGGUCAAAGAAUUAGAAGAACAGCUAGAAAAUGAAGCACUCCACAAAGAGAUACACAACCUCAAACAGCAACUGGAGCUGCUAGAAGAAGAUAAAAAAGAACUGGAACUGAAGUAUCAGAAUUCGGAGGAGAAAGCCAGAAAUUUAAAGCAUUCCGUGGAUGAGCUCCAGAAGCGGGUGAACCAGUCUGAGAACUCAGUGCCCCCACCGCCUCCGCCUCCGCCGCCGCUCCCCCCUCCUCCUCCCAACCCCAUCCGAUCCCUCAUGUCCAUGAUCCGGAAGCGAUCCCACCCCAGCGGCAGUGGUGCUAAGAAAGAAAAGGCAGCUCAACCGGAAACAACUGAAGAAGUCACGGAUCUGAAGAGGCAAGCCGUUGAAGAGAUGAUGGACAGGAUUAAGAAGGGAGUUCAUCUCAGACCCGUUAACCAGACAGCGAGGCCGAAGGCGCAGCCAGAAUCUUCCAAAGGCUCUGAAAGUGCAGUGAAUGAAUUAAAAGGAAUACUGGGGACACUUAACAAAUCCACUAGUUCCAGAAGCUUAAAGUCCCUUAACACUGAGAGCAGUGAGAGUGAGUUAGAGAGGAUUCUGCGUCGCAGGAAGGUGACGGCAGAAGCAGAGAGCAGUAGUCCAACCGGGAUAUUAGCCACCUCAGAGUCCAAAUCCAUGCCGGUGUUGGGUUCUGUAUCCAGUGUAGCAAAAACAGCCUUGAACAAGAAAACUCUGGAGGCAGAAUUCAACAGCCCAACACCUGAGCCAGGUGAAGGGCCGUGUAAAUUGGAAGGAAGCGCAAGUCCCAAGGUUACAUUUCAGCCUCCCAGUGACCCUGGAUGGAGGCGACAGUACCUUGGCAGUGAAAAGCAAGCCGAACCAGUUGUAGUUUUAGAUCCUGUUUCCACACACGAACCCCAAACCAAAGACCAGGGUGCCGAACAAGAUCCAACUCCACGCGAGGAUGACGACGGCGAAAUUAAACCAGAAUACAAAGAAGACAGCGCUGAGAAAAUGAGAGACGCGGACAGCUCCAGCUGCUGAUCCUUGAGCCAGAAGGGAAGAGACGUGACAAGCAGACAAUUUCCUUUACUGCUGUUCUACAUGACACAGGUUUGUUUGUUGUUUUUUGUUGUUGUUUUUGUAAGAAAUUAAGUGGUAGUUAGUCUCUACAAAUACAAUGUUUCGGUCUACCACAGUGAAUAAAUAGAAAUGUAAUCAGGGAUUAAAAAACACACGUAUGCAGCUUUUCAAGGUUGAUUGUUUCAAAAUUGGUGUUUAUUUAAAAUAAGUGGUCAUGUACUUGAAUGCAUUUUUUUUUACGACAGUGAUUCAGUAAUGGUAAUUUUGCUAUUAAAGGAAGUGAAAGGUUUCGUUUUGUUAGCAGAGCUCAGCAUGUAGCUGUCAGGUGUUGCUCACCUAAGGGCAAGAGAAAAUGAUAGUAAUAAUUGCAGUAGUUGUAUUGUACUUGAUUUUUGCACGUGUGCUAAGCAUAGGCUUGAAGAGGGAGGCAGGCAGGGACGCGUCCCUCCUCGAUUUGGGCACAAUGAUCUUCCUGUAGGUUCUUGACUGUUUCCGUGUUCUUCCAGGGACGACUUUUACAGUUACUUAGCAGUUGACUCCUGGGAAAUGGAAGUGUGAUGUUUUCCACUGUAACGCUCUCUCACUGGAUGCUGCUGCUGUGUCAUAUGCUCACUGCUAACUGCAUCCGUGCACCUAACCACGUUCUGUUCUGCUGUGAUUUGAGCUCUCCUCACCCCACUUAUUAAAAAGCACCCACAGGUUCCCACUGAAGGUCAUUUGUGGUUAU